AGCCGAAGGCAGUCGCUUAACCAACUGAGCCACCCAGGCGCCCUGUUCCUAACUAUCUUAAGUUUGAUGGGCAGUCUUAUCUUACAGUUGCUGAUCCAACUCAUGUGUCUACCUUUUCCUUCACUCCUCUUCUGGAACCAAAGGAGGGGACACAUCCAUCAGUCUUGGCUUCUGAGAUUUAUGGGUUAUGGCGCUACUAAAUUCAACAAUAGACUUCACAGUUUGGAUAAAUGUUAGUCAGACAACCCAGAACAAAUGGCAGUAAGACCUAUUAGUCUUCAGGGCAUGGUGGUGCUUUUGGAAAACCAGGGUACCACAUAGUUGUGGCUGUCCUCUCAAUGUGGCUAAAAAAGAGGAGGUAAUGCCUCUGUCAGACAUCUUUGGAUGUGCCCUGGGAGAAGAAGAAAUGUGCUAGGUCUUCCUUCCCUCUAUGGUAAGGCAUUCCCUGAUGGGAAGAUUUGAUAGAUAGACCCUAUAAACAUUGAUCAGGAAGCUGGUGCAGAUUGAGCCUGGUGGGGUAUGUGGAGCAGCCUACCAGUCUGCCUACCUUCCCAAGUUUGAGGCCGAAACUGGAGAAGCUCUGAUGGGUUCACAGUGUGUGCUCUCAUCUACAGGACGUCAUGGCAUACAAUAAAUUCAAUGUGUUCCACUGGCAUCUGGUCGAUGACUCUUCUUUCCCAUAUGACAGCUUCACUUUUCCAGAGCUCACCAGAAAGGGGUCCUACAAUCCUGCCACCCAUAUCUACACAGCACAGGAUGUGAGGGAGGUGAUUGAAUAUGCACGGCUUCGGGGUAUCCGUGUGUUGGUAGAGUUUGACACUCCUGGCCACACUCUGUCCUGGGGACCAGGUGUCCCUGGAUUAUUGACUCCUUGCUACUCUGGGUCUCAUCCCUCUGGCACCUUCGGACCAGUGAAUCCCAUUCUCAACAGUACUUAUGAAUUCAUGAGCACAUUUUUUCUGGAGGUCAGCUCUGUCUUCCCGGAUUUUUAUCUUCACCUUGGAGGAGAUGAGGUUGAUUUCACCUGCUGGAAGUCCAACCCAGAUAUCCAGGCCUUUAUGAAGAAGCAAGGCUUUGGUAAUGACUUCAAGGAGCUGGAGUCUUUCUACAUACAGACGCUGCUGAACAUCGUCUCUGCCUAUGGCAAGGGCUAUGUGGUGUGGCAGGAGGUGUUUGAUAAUAAAGUAAAGGUUCGGCCAGAUACAAUCAUUCAGGUAUGGCGAGAAGAGGAGCCAGUACGUUAUAUGAAGGAGAUGGAGCUGAUCACUGGAGCUGGCUUCCGCGCCCUGCUCUCUGCCCCCUGGUACCUGAAUCAUAUAACUUAUGGCCCUGACUGGAGACAGAUCUACAUGGUGGAGCCCCUGGAAUUUAAAGGUAGCCCUCAGCAGAAGGCUCUCGUGAUUGGUGGAGAGGCCUGUAUGUGGGGGGAGUACGUGGACAGCACCAAUCUGGCCCCCAGACUCUGGCCCAGGGCAGGGGCUGUUGCUGAGAGGCUGUGGAGCAACAAGUUGGUGACUAGCCUGGACUUUGCCUUUAAACGUUUGACACAAUUCCGCUGUGAGCUCCUAAGGCGAGGUGUCCAGGCCCAGCCCCUCAGUGUAGGCUACUGUGAACAGGAGUUUGAACAAACCUGAGCAAGCAGCCCCAGGCACUGAGGAGGGUGCUGGCCCUAGGAGAUUGGGAGUGGGGCCAGGCUUCCACUGCAUCCCGGCCGGGGGACGGAGCCCCUUGCCCACGUGCCCCUGUGCACGGAGAGAAGGGGGCCAGUGUUGGCACUAGCAUCCAAUAAAGAGUGAUGUGGCAUUUUUCCAUAAUGAA